CUUAGAAAUUGUUUAAACUAAUUAUUUGAACUAAUUUCAUUGGUAGGAAAGUGGCUUCCUUUUCCAAGGGAUAACAGACAGCAUACUAGUCGUACAUCACGAGCUAAUCGAGCAUUGGUCAAUCAUACGGUGAGUUAUGGGUGGCAGAGGUAAAGGAGGUAAAGGUCUUGGGAAAGGUGGGGCAAAGAGACAUAGGAAGGUUCUGAGGGAUAAUAUUCAAGGCAUAACGAAGCCUGCCAUUCGUCGCCUUGCCCGUCGUGGAGGCGUGAAACGUAUUUCUGGUUUGAUCUAUGAGGAGACUCGGGGAGUGUUGAAAGUAUUUCUAGAGAAUGUAAUCCGUGACGCGGUUACAUAUACGGAGCAUGCAAAGCGGAAGACUGUAACUGCUAUGGAUGUGGUAUAUGCUCUGAAACGCCAGGGUCGUACGCUGUAUGGUUUUGGUGGCUAAAUGCAACCCGGAUAUUUAUUAGGAAAUCAUCAUUACCCCACAAAGGGUGUAUAUACUGUUAUUUUCCAUUUACUUACUCUUUUCAAUGUAUCUUUUAUUCAUGAUGUAUGUUUUUGUGGCUUAAAUACACGUGACAUUAUU